AUGAUGUGCGAGGUGAUGCCGACCAUCAGCGAGGCAGAAGGCCCGCCCGGGGGCAGCGGGACCCACGGGUCCGGCUCCCCUUCCCAGCCCGACGCCGAUUCGCACUUCGAGCAGCUGAUGGUGUCCAUGCUGGAAGAGCGGGACCGCCUCCUGGACACGCUGCGGGAGACUCAGGAGACACUGGCCUUGACCCAGGGGAAGCUGCACGAGGUCGGUCACGAGCGAGACUCCUUGCAGAGGCAGCUCAACACCGCCCUGCCGCAGGAGUUCGCGGCGCUCACGAAGGAGCUCAACGUCUGCAGGGAGCAGCUCCUGGAGAGAGAGGAGGAGAUCGCCGAGCUGAAGGCCGAGAGGAACAACACCAGGCUGCUGCUGGAGCACCUGGAGUGCCUGGUCUCCAGGCACGAGCGGUCCCUGCGCAUGACGGUGGUGAAGCGGCAGGCGCAGUCCCCGGCCGGCGUGUCCAGCGAGGUGGAGGUGCUCAAGGCCCUCAAGUCCUUGUUCGAGCACCACAAAGCCCUGGACGAAAAGGUGAGGGAGCGGCUGCGGGUGGCGCUGGAGCGGUGCAGCCUGCUGGAGGACGAGCUGGGGGCCGCGCACAAGGAGCUAAUGCUUCUCCAAGAAAAAAACAACCAGAAAACCGCGCUGACAGACGGAGCGCUUGACGUGAACCACGAGCAGGAAGCCACGCCGAGCACGAAUGGAAAGAGGUCUUCUGACGGCUCCUCAGGCCACGAGGAAGACCUCGCCAAGGUCAUCGAGCUCCAGGAAAUCAUAGACAAGCAGUCCAAGGAGCAGAGCCAGAUGAAGGAGCGCCUGGCCGCCCUCUCCAGCCGCGUGGCGGAGCUGGAGGAGGAUCUGGACACGGCGCGGAAGGACCUCAUCAAGUCGGAGGAAGUGAACACGAGGUUGCAGCGGGACGUCCGUGAAGCCAUGGCCCAGAAGGAGGACAUGGAAGAGAGGAUCACGACUCUGGAGAAGCGCUACCUCGCGGCCCAGCGUGAGGCCACCUCGGUACACGACCUCAACGAUAAACUUGAAAACGAGAUCGCGAAUAAAGACUCCAUGCACCGACAGACGGAGGACAGGAACCGGCAGCUGCAGGAGCGCCUGGAGCUGGCGGAGCAGAGGCUGCAGCAGACGCUGCGGAAGGCCGAGACGCUGCCCGAGGUGGAGGCCGAGCUGGCGCAGCGGGUGGCGGCCCUCUCCAAGGUGGGGCCCUGGCUCCCAGGCCCCGUGGCGGCCGAGGAGAGGCACGGCAACAUCGAGGAGAGGCUGCGCCAGAUGGAGGCUCAGCUGGAGGAGAAGAACCAGGAGCUGCAGCGGGCGAGGCAGAGAGAGAAGAUGAACGAGGAGCAUAACAGACGCUUAUCGGACACGGUCGACAAGCUCCUCUCGGAGUCCAACGAGCGGCUCCAGCUUCAUCUCAAGGAGAGGAUGGCGGCGCUGGAAGACAAGAACUCUCUACUGCGAGAAGUGGAAAAUGCGAAAAAGCAGUUAGAAGAAACACAACAUGAUAAGGACCGGCUCCUACUGGACGUGGAAGCGCUGAGGGCGGAGCUGGAGCAGACGAGACUGAGAGGUGCCACCCUGCACCGCGGCCGACCGCACCUGGGCAGCGUCCCGGACUUCCGGUUCCCCCUGGCCGACGGCCCCGCGGACGCCUACGGCAGCAGCGCAGUGUUGCGGCGCCCCCAGAAAGGCCGCGUGGCCGCCCUGCGAGACGAGCCUUCCAAGGUGCAGACUCUGAACGAGCAGGACUGGGAGCGCGCCCAGCAGGCCAGCGUCCUGGCGAAUGUGGCGCAGGCCUUCGAGAGCGACGCCGACCUGUCUGACGGCGAGGACGACAGGGACACGCUCUUCAGUUCGGCCUCUCUGCUCUCGCCCGGCGGGCAGGCCGAUGCGCAGACGCUGGCCCUCAUGCUCCAGGAGCAGCUGGACGCCAUCAACAAGGAGAUCAGGCUCAUUCAGGAGGAGAAGGAGAGCACGGAGCAGCGGGCCGAGGAGAUCGAGAGCCGCGUGGGCAGCGGCAGCUUGGACAGCCCCGGCCGCUGUAGACCGGCGGGCUCCGGCCCCCCGCACCCCGCGGCCGCGCUCGCGGGCCCCUCCCCUCCCCCCAGCGGGCGCUCCACCCCGCGGAGGGGCCCGCACAGCCCCGCCAGGGAGGUGGACAGACUGGGGGUCAUGAUGCUACCUAGCGACCCGAGGAGGCAUCGUAGGAAGUUGCCGGCUUCGCACGAAGAGGUACGAGACGACAAGGCAACGAUAAAAUGUGAAACGUCCCCGCCCUCCUCCCCGAGGUCCCUGCGCUUGGACAGGCUGCACCAGGGGGCGCUGCCCGCGGCCAGCCAGGAGGACGUCAGGGAUGCCAGGAACUCCACAGGCUCCCAGGACGGCCCCGUGAGCAACCCCAGUAGCAGUAACAGCAGCCAGGACUCGCUGCACAAAGCCCCCAAGAAGAAGGGCAUCAAGUCCUCCAUCGGCCGCUUGUUCGGCAAGAAAGAGAAAGGCCGCCCGGGCCACGCCGGCAAGGAGCCCGCGGGACCAGCUACCGCCUCAGAGGCGGAAAACUCCUCUCAGGACGCCCUGGGACUCAGCAAGUUGGGCGGACAGGCUGAAAAAAACCGCAAACUUCAAAAGAAGCACGAGCUGCUGGAGGAGGCCCGGAGACAAGGUCUGCCCUUCGCGCAGUGGGACGGGCCCACCGUGGUCGUGUGGCUGGAGCUCUGGGUCGGGAUGCCCGCCUGGUACGUGGCUGCCUGCCGAGCCAACGUGAAAAGCGGGGCCAUCAUGUCUGCGCUGUCGGACACGGAGAUCCAGCGUGAGAUCGGCAUCAGCAACCCCCUGCACCGGCUGAAGCUGCGCCUCGCCAUCCAGGAGAUCAUGUCCCUGACCAGCCCGUCGGCCCCUCCCACGUCCAGAACGACCACAGGAAAUGUCUGGUUAACGCAUGAGGAGAUGGAAACGCUCACAGCCACGCCACGAACGGAGGAGGAGGAGGGAAGCUGGGCUCAGACGCUGGCGUACGGGGACAUGAACCACGAGUGGAUCGGCAACGAGUGGCUGCCCAGCCUGGGCCUGGCGCAGUACCGCAGCUACUUCAUGGAGUGCCUGGUGGACGCGCGCAUGCUGGACCACCUGACCAAGAAGGACCUCCGAGGGCAGCUGAAGAUGGUGGACAGCUUCCACAGAAACAGUUUCCAGUGUGGAAUUAUGUGCCUGCGACGGUUGAAUUACGACCGGAAAGAGUUAGAGAGAAAAAGAGAAGAAAGCCAAAGUGAAAUAAAAGAUGUGCUGGUUUGGAGCAACGACCGGGUGAUCCGCUGGGUCCUGUCCAUCGGCCUUAAAGAGUACGCCAACAACCUGGUGGAGAGCGGCGUCCACGGCGCGCUGAUGGCCUUGGACGAGACCUUCGACUUCAGCGCCCUGGCGCUGCUGCUGCAGAUCCCGACCCAGAACACACAGGCUCGGGCCGUCUUGGAAAGGGAGUUUAACAACCUUUUGGUCAUGGGGACCGACAGAAGGUUCGAUGAAGAUGAAGAUAAGAGCUUUAGGAGGGCGCCGUCUUGGAGAAAAAAGUUUAGACCAAAGGAUGUUCGUGGCUUAGCUGCUGGGUCAGCAGAGACUCUCCCCGCAAACUUCCGGGUCACUUCUUCCCUGUCCUCGCCCUCUGUGCAGCCAAAGAAGAUGCAGCUGGACGUUUACCCGCACUACUUCUACCGAUGACCAUGCGGCACUCGGAGUCGAGCGGGGCCUACAUUUUAAAAUCCAACGGAAUCUUUAAUCUGUUAAUACUUGUUAUAUGGACCCUGAGAUAUUUUAUUACAGAGUUUUUAAUUAGUGAAAAAUUCAUGAAAACCAUAGAGAAAAUAUUUUAGAAUUUAAUGUUUCUUAUAUUUAUGUAAACUUAUGACUUCAUUUAUAUAGUUACUUACUUUUUCAUGUAUAUCCAGGCUAUAACUAUCCUUUCAAAUCAAUUCAUGUUCUUAUAUCUAAUUUGAGUCUUUCGAAUGAAUGUACUGUAAUGCUUGUAUGUAUAAAUCCUAUGAACAAAUAGAGGGCUUUUGUAAAUUAUGCAUUUAUUGUAAUUAUCAUUGUUUAAUUUUCUAUUAAUAAACCCGGACAGAGAAGAGGAUUUUACGGCGUUUGUAAAAUCGUCAAGACCCAGCGUGCAAAUGUCACCCAGCUCGACCACAGUCAUCUGGAAAUCAUCAGACUUAUUUUUGAGCAAUUGUUGUUGUAUUUUAAUGACUGACCUUACCUACACUUUUUCUAGCAAGAAAUGCUUCAUUCUGCAGCGUGAAGAGAUUGAAAAUGUCUGGUGUUAAAUACCAGCUAAUACGACUUGGACGGGAGGGGUGAUCCGAACACUGUGAAAACCUCCCCGGACGCUGACCUGUUCGAGCCUCGGCCCUGGGGCCUGGGCGGCGCGGCCGCGGACCCCGGAGCUGAGGGCGCCCCACCGCCACCGCCCAGCCCCCUGGUACCGGAACUCUGGGAGGACCAAUCAGGAAGCACUGGGCCCCCACCCCGGGGCUGGGGCUGGGUGGGCACCCAGGAGGAGGGCGCCAGGUCCUGGAAAUAAUGUAGUGCAACUCUAAUAAAGGCCUUAUUGUUCUUAUGUAAGUCACCUUUUUACAUGUGUUUGUAAACAUGUUUAAGGAGUGGACCGAGGCGUCCAUUUGUAGAUCUUGAGGAGACGGCCAUUUCAGAUUCUAGGAGGAGCAAAUGUAACCUGAACCUUGUACUUGGCACAUUAACGAGCCGGCACGCGCUCAGGUCGUGGUGCGCUGUUAUGCAGCUGGUGCCGAGAUGGCCACGGCCCGUCUUUCUCCGUUUGGUUUCCACGUUUAACGUCCUUGUACAAUUCACUGUUUGUGCGCUGUUUUUCUGUUAAUCUUUUGUGAACUUCCUGGUGGUGUAACAAAGUCUGUACAGCCUACUUUUGAACUGUUUUUAUCACAGUAUUAUUUAUUGCUGUCUUUCAAUACAGUACCGAGGCGUUUCCCACCGCCAAUAAAGAAUACUGAGAACAAGC